UAUAAACUUCCAAAGUUGAUAAAGCUCCUACGCGACAGUGGCGACAAUUGAAAGAGUAUAAAUCACGAGCAAUGAUCCAAAUCUAUAGGAUAUGUUAUAGCUGGAUUAAUCGGGAAUUUUUAUGAUAAAAAUCUAGGUAUACCAGCAAAGAUGUCUCUCAUUUCGGACGAGGAAGACUUCCUCUCAGAUGAUCAGUCCGACCUAUCCUCUUCUUCUAGCGAUGAAUUAUUACCACCACCUCCGCUGCAACAGAAUUACUUCGCUCCUCCAUUCUAUGGGAGACCUCCAACACCCUUACCCCCAUCGCCAUCCUUAACAUCGUUGCUCCGCCCAUCACGACCUACCACACCCGAUGCUUCGGACGACGACCUUGAGCCGGUGCCGCGCGCAUCCCCGAAGGUGCCCACGUACGAGUAUUACGGCUUCGUCUUAUAUCUCUUCUCGUCCUUGACUUUCCUCAUCUACCUGCUAUGGUCCUAUCUACCGUCUCCGUUUCUGCACGCAUUGGGCAUCUACUACUACCCUAAUAGGUGGUGGGCGUUGGCCAUUCCGUCAUUCCUAGUCAUGCUUAUAGUAUACAUCUACGUUGCACUCGCGGCUUACAAUACGGAGAUUCUGACUCUCCCUCUGACUUCGCUGGAGACUAUCGUAGAUGAGGCAGCUAAGAUCGCGACGAUCGAUAGUAAGGGCAGGAUACGGCUAGGCGAAUCUAAGAAACCCAUCCCGGAAGAGAAGGCUAAGCAACUCGAUUGGAAGAAUAUCUGGAACGAAGGCACGGAUGCCGUUAUGGAUGUGCCCCUUGCCGGCGUAUGCGAAGUCUUAUAUGGUGAUUUGGAGGAUUCGGAGGACGACGAGCAAUUCGAAACACAUUGAUUUCUACAUUGUAGCGACAUUAGAUAUUAUGGACAGCGACUUGAAUUAUUAUUGAAGCGUAAAGAACACCUUUCUAGCUAUCAGCUCAGUUGAAGCAAGCGAAUUUGGCAAAGUCUCUGGUCAAGU